AUGUUAGAUAAAUUGGUGAUUAUGGAUGGUGAAUUUACAACUGAUUUCUUCCAAAGAGUAGAUUGGCGUGCACUUGUGAGUGAUAUAGCACCAAAUUGUAGUAAUGAAAUAAAAGAUGAGCCGAAGGAUGGGGUUGAAUUAGAACAUUAUUUGGAUAAGGUGGAAGAUGAUACUGAUGUUGAUGCUGCAAAAAUUUCAAGAAAUGAAUUUGAAAUUGAUAUUCCAGAUUUUUCAGAAGAUUAUGUAGCAACAGAAUUAUCUUCACCAAUUAAAAUUGAUGGAACCAAUGAUGAUAAUCCUGAUCAUAUAGACAAUUAUAUGCUUCAUUUUGUUGAAAGGGAAUUAACAUAA